AUGGACACCAAGAGACGGAAAUUGGACGAUCCCCUGACCAUCGAGUCUCUUGCAGAGUCUCUUGAUAGAGCCCGCUGGCUGAAGCUUGUUCAUGGUUCGCCAACAACAGAGACGUUCGAGGCGUAUCUCAAGGUGUUCUUCAACGACGGUGAGGUUUGGAAAGAAUACAUCGAACACGAAAUGGCCAAGAACGACGACGCCAAAGUGGAGGCGUUAUUUUCCAGAUGUCUCACCAAGGUCUUUGAUGUUGAGCUGUGGAAAGUGUACCUGAAGUAUGUGAGGAAAGUGAACGAUAUCGUUACUGGAGGAGAACAGGCUAGGGCAGUGGUAAUGAAAGCCUAUGACUUUGCCAUUGACAACGUGGGGUUGGACUUCAUCAACGGCCAGGAAAUAUGGGACGAGUAUUUCCGUUUUCUGAACGAGUGGAACCCCGUUUCGAGCAUCGAACAGUCAUCCAAAAAUGCGCACCUUAGAUCUUUAUAUAGAAAGCUCAUCGGCACUCCUCUUCGCCAACUAGACCAAAAUUGGAGAAAGUACCUGGACUUUGAAAACGAAACGGACCAGGCGAACGCCAGGCGCCACAUCAACGAGAAAUCGCAAGAAUACAUGAAGUUGCGUCCUUUGAAUCAAGAACUUAUAAAUCUCACUGCUUAUUUGCGUCCAUCGGACGAGGCGAAAAAUAGCCGCAACCAACUUGAACACUGGAAACGUUGGAUUGCGUGGGAGCGCAGCAACAAGCUCAACUUACCUCAAGAAUCAAUGGACAAGAGAGUCAACUUCGUCUACAGACUGUCUACCCAGUAUCUGCGAUUCCAGCCAGAAGUGUGGUACAACUACGCUGUGUACUUGUUUGCUAGCGACAAAUCUGAGCAGGGUAUGGAGGUGCUAGGCCACGCCUUGGUUCUGAACCCAGAAAGUAUAAGUUUAGUGCUUUUGGUCUCUGGCCAGUACGAACGCUCCAGCGAGAUUGAAAAAGUCAAAGAGUCCUGGAAUAGACUUAUUGAUAGGCUGACAAAACACUAUGACACCGAAGAAAAUGAGAAAACAAAGGCAACACUUGGACAGUGCAUCACGUGUGUGUAUUCGUUGCUCAUGAAGGCAUGUCGCAGAGCAGCAGGCAUGAAGGAAGCGCGUAGCAUUUUUUCUGUUGCACGAAAAUUCAAAGGUGUCACAUGGCACAUUUUUGUGGACUACGCAAUGAUGGAGCACCAAAAUAGCGAUUUGAAGAUUGCCCUACGGUGUUUUGAGCUUGCCAUGAAGUAUUUUGGACAGGACUAUGCUUUUGUUGAGACGUACUUAAACUUUUUGCUUUCAAUGAACGAUCUGGGCAACUCCAAGAAACUGCUAGAACAGUCCAUCGAGAAUUUCAAAGACAAACGCUCAACUUUGGAGAAAGUGUACCGGCGUUUUUAUCGGAUUGAACUGGAAUUUGGAGACACCGAUUCGAUUCGCGCGCUCGAGAAAAGGUAUAGAGAAGCUUUCCCUGACAGCAACGAGUUCCAAUUUUUGUCAAAAUCUUUUGGUGAAUUCAAUGCGAUCAAGCUGCUGGACGAGUACACAUUGACAGGAAAAGAAGAGGCGGUCGACAAGGUUGCCGAAAUUAAAUUGAAGGAGAUUGAAAUUCCUGAAAUUGAGCCGUUCGCUGUGCGAGAUGAGAUCUACAACCUACUCAGAUACUUGCCGAAGCCAGAAUACUACGACGAUAAACCGCCCGUGUUCGACGUGAAAAAGAGCGUGCAAUUUUUCAGAAACAUAAAAUUGACAUAA